AUACUCAGGAAAGAGCAAUAAACAUUAAAGUGACAAUCAAAGAUAUGGCAAAUAUUUUUAUAAUCGCCCUUCUCUGCUUCACCAUUAGUGUUUCCUCCUCACUCAACUACUCCUAUGGGGCUGCUGAAGAAAAUAUGCAUUAUAUGGUUGUAGGACAUGUUUAUUGCGACACUUGCCGUGUUGAAUUCGAGACUAAACUUAGCGAACCCAUUAGUGGAGCAGUAGUGAAAUUGGAAUGUAGGAACCGUACCAACGAAGCGAUUACAUUCCAGAGCCCAGAAAUAGUGGCUGACAGUCACGGAGACUACCACAUCAUAGUGGAAGGCGAUUAUGAGGAAUCAGACUGCGACGUUGCUUUGGUGAGGAGUCCAAGGGCUGAUUGCAGUGAUCCCACCGAAGCGUGGAGAAAAUCCAGGGUGGUUCUCACCACAUUUGAUGGUCUCAGCAAUAAACUGCGUUUUGCCAACAAUCUUGGGUUUAAGAAGGACAUAGCUCUUCCUCAGUGCACUCGAAUUCUUAAAGAGAUGGGCUAUUAUGAGCUUAGUCAAGAAGAUGGAGACUUUGAGCUUAGUCAAGAAGAUGGAGACUUUACCCAUUCGUCAGAACUAUAAUAUGUAUUUUCACUUCAACUUUCUUUAAAAGCUCGGCAUUAGCCCAUAAUAAAAAUUGAGUCAUUAUUAUUAUAGUA